AUGAAGGUCUUCGCACUUUUCUUCCUCCUGGUCUCAACCAGCCCCUUUGCGAUGGCGACCCCGGUCGCUCGCGAGGAUAGGGAGCGCGCUCUGCUAGCCGAUUCUCCACCAGUUAGGCUAGGGGGCAGGGCUUCAAAUGAGACCGAGGACCUGUCUCAAUCGCAGGACCUGAGGAAUGCGAACUUGACGGAAACUGAUAAUCGAGCUCGAGCUCGGGUGAAUUCUACCCAGACUGAGAGCCAGACUCUCUCUUCGGCGAUUCCUGGGGUCUUUAACAGCUCCGAGACCGACUUCGAGAACGUCACACACUCGCUAGUGGUGUCUGGAACACUGAACGAGACGGAGACUCUGAGGCGCUCGGUCCCGAGGAUCAGGCGGAACAACCUGCAACUGCGGUCUGGAGCGUUUGACGAGACCGAGGCCGCCUGA